UACUCGCCGCCCCCUCUUCGUCGCCGACGUCUGCCGAAACUCGACCCCCGUUCACAACAAAGUCCUCUCGCGAGUCCGACGGCCGUUCACGCCCACUUCGCCCGACUUGAACACCUCUCACAACUUCAUUCACAGAGACAGACGACAGAGACGAUGGCCGAAACAGGAAAUCCCAUCUAUGGACCGUUCUUCGGCGUCAUGGGUGCCGCUUCGGCCAUGAUUUUCAGCGCCUUAGGGGCUGCUUAUGGCACAGCAAAAUCGGGGACUGGGAUUGCAGCCAUGUCUGUAAUGAGACCAGAGCUCAUAAUGAAAUCCAUCAUUCCAGUUGUCAUGGCUGGUAUUAUUGCUAUAUACGGUCUUGUAGUGGCUGUACUUAUUGCUGGAGCGCUGGAUGGGCCAGAUAAAUAUUCUUUGUACAAGGGUUUUCUUCAUUUCGGUGCUGGAUUAGCUGUAGGUUUUAGCGGGCUGGCUGCUGGGUUUACUAUUGGUAUUGUAGGUGAUGCCGGAGUACGAGGAACAGCUCAACAACCGAGACUUUACGUUGGAAUGAUCCUUAUCCUUAUUUUUGCUGAAGUACUGGGUCUUUACGGUCUAAUUGUUGCCAUCUACCUGUACACAAAAUAAACAAUUCAAAACUUUCAUUUUUAAAGGAGUUAUGGAAAAACAAAUGAUAUCUUUUUUGUCAUCAAUACACACAUUUAUUAGACAAUAUAGAAACAAAAAAUGCUUCAUUUUAAAUAUCCAUUUGGCACAGUUACAAGAGUGAUGGGUUUAAACACCUGCAGGCCGAAAUAAUGCUAAAUUUAUUUCCCUUUUUGUUUUUAAUUUUUUUUUUUAAAUUCAAAUACCGUAAAAUGUAAUUUUGUUGAUAGAAUAGUGCAUGUGAAACAAAAUGUGUAAUCUAUAUUGUUCUUAAAAUUUAAAUGUGUGGUUUUAUAACCCAAAACUCUAAACCUGACUAAAUUAAUUUUGAAAUGAUACAAUUCAACUUGUAAUGUAACGGCAUUUGUAAAUUAUUUCCACAUGUACCCAGAAAUUCAGUAGAGUAGAUCUUCCAAAAAGGGAUUUUGCAUUUCCAUUCCCUAAAUAGUCUGUGUAAAAAGACUCGAAUUUUCAUUGGUUCAUUCUAAUGAAAUUGUACAUUCCAAUCAAUAUAAAGCUAUAUUUUAAGGAAAUUUUAAAAUGACUUCAGCCUAAAAUUAAUGUUUCUGAUUUAUAAAUUAACAGACCUAUCGGUCGAUUUAGUGCAAUAAUAGUAUUUGAUUGGAAUCUUUCAAUAUCAGUAAUGUAAUAUAUACGUUUUUCUUUGAAAUAUAUCGUUCGGUUAUAGUUAGCAAAAAAUGUUCUAUUUUCCCGACACGUGUUUUUUUAUUGCCCUAAAUUGAUACCUUCGGAGUUUUAUUGUGAAUCUAUUUACGUAUAAAAAAAUGUUGGUAGUUUAGGGCUUUUGUACGAUACAACAAUUACAGGCCAAAAUCUUGUCAGCUUACAGAUCAUGUAAUUAAUAUAACACUGCCUUUUUGCAAAAGAUUUAAAAAAAAAAAAAAAAAACCCUGUUGAUCGACAAAAAUAAUGGAAGAACCAGAAGUAUUAUUUUGUAGAUUUGGUUGUAUAUUGUAAAAUGUUCUUUUGUAUAGUUCAUCAGUUGAAUUCACAUCAAAGACAGGCUUCUCUAAACCAGAGGCACUUUUUACAGAUAUCCAUUGAAUAUUGUGCUUAUUUGUACUUACUUUAAUAGUGUAAUAAUUAAAAUAACAGAAAAACAUAUACAUAAACAUUAAGGGCUGAUAGAUUUUAUAAAUAAAUGUAAGAUGGUAUGGAUGGAAUGUAAUUAAAGUUAAGUGUAUAAAUGUAGUUAAUCUGUAGUGUACUUUUUAUGAGUUUUCACAUGUAUUUUCUCAGCACAAAUAAUUUUACACUCUAAGCCAAUACAGUUUGGCAGUGAAAGAGUUUCAAUGUAUGUAAAAAAAAUAGAAAAAUAAAUGUAAUAUACACCUAAAUGAAUUAGUGCGUUUAGAAAUGUCA